CAAAGUUGACGUUAUAGUAUUAUAGAAAGCAGUACAUAAUAUGAAAGCGCCCAGGACGCUGUGUAGUAUAUAUUACAAGUAAAUAUUAUAAAAUAUUAUUGUGAUGGUUUUCGUUUCGUAUUUAUAACAUUUACCCGGAGCAUGUGUCAAUGGUAUACGUUUUGCAUACAGGCGGAUUCGAAUAUGCGGAUUCGAUUAAAAAUAAAAAUAAUAAAGGCCAUAGAAAUAUGGAACAAAAAUAUUGUUUAAAAUAUUUUUGCUCCCACGUGGGGUAAAUCGGUCGAGACGUGUAUUAACGACGAGCGUGCACUAUAUUAUAUUAAAUACAUUUAUUAAUAUGACACGGUUGUAUGUAGUUGAAGUAAUAGUCGUAGUAAUAAAUGCGAAUGUGUGUCGUGUCCGUGUUACUGUGCUGGCGUAAACGAACGAUUCUCGGCGGCGACAGCGGCCUGAGAACCCCUGUGUGCUAGGCCGCUAGGGUUGUCCGCCCGUAGCGUUCCAAGGGGCCCCGGCCGUUCGCCGGAGAACAGUUGGCUCGUGUAUGUUUUUCAAGAGUUUAAGAGUGUCAGUGUGCGCUCGGCAGCGGAUGUACGGCGUAGUGCUUCUCAGAGUUCUGCGGUCUUUGGUUUUCUGUAUCGUACAUUAUUAUUAUGCGUUUAAUCGAAAUUUUACUUUGGUGUAGUGCUAUGUGUUUUCCUCUACCGACUAGCUAUAUAUACGUUGAUGAGAUUUUUGGACGAAAUGUAGAACUUGCAUAUUAUAUCAUAAUAUAAUAAGCACAUUUAGUUUACACGACACACCUACAAUUCAACAGGUUUAUUUAAUUAUAUUAUAGACCGGAGCACCAUCGUCGGCGGUUCAAACGGCAACGGCAUAACAGCAGCGGCCACCGCCACGGCCACCGGGUUCGAGAUGUAUUCGUUUUUCGCCAGCACGGCGACCGCUGCCUCGGGCACCGGAACCAUUUCGGUGGCGCCCUCGUGCGGCGGCGCCCCGCUGCCGCCGCAUUCUGUCGGCGCGCAGGCGCACUUUACCGGCAUCCAGUCGGCCGCUGCCGUCACGCACCAGCAGCAGCACCAACAACAACAACACCACCUCCACCACCACCACCUCCUCCCACUACACCAUCUCAAUCAGCAGCAACAGCAACAGCAGCAGCAGCAGCAACAACAACAACACCAGCAGCAGCAGUCGGUCUCCGCGGCCAUCAAUUGUUCCGUGGUGCGCGCUAUCGCCGCCGCUUCGUCGACGCAGCCGUCGAUCGUAGCCGUUUCGUCCGCACAACAAUCAUCGACCGUUGUCGCCGGGACGUCCGCCGCUGGCAAAAUGAAAGAAAUGCCGAAAUUGGUAAAACUUGCGCCCAAUGGAUCGGCAGACCGGUCGCCGCUACAAGAGUCCAAAAAGCGAAAAAGGCCGAUUGGGAAAAGCCACGCUUUGAUCACCAGUAAACCAUUGACAAUAGUUGCUCCCACUCCGAUUGCAACAACCCGAAACGAAGACUCUGUUAAUUCGACCAAAUAUACAACGUAUGCGUCGCAGAACAAUCCGGCACUGGUUUUGAAAAAAAAAGAUUCCACUGUCCAAUGCAGUCAAACGACAACCAUCAAAACUGGCGUCAGUGGAAAUAUACCGGUGGGCAUAGCUGUUGCCAGACAAAGGUAUACUCAAAGUUCUUCCAACACGGAGGUUCAAAGGCAACGAGAGGCCACUACGACGGUAUCGAUGCCCGAAGUCGUUCAUCAGUCACCGAUGCAAACAAUGGUGUUGUCCUAUAACGAUUGUUCCAUGACGACUGGUUCAACAGCAGGUAUUAACCGAUGGCCAUCGUCUGGGAGCUGCAGCAUUCCUCAAAACACUAUCGGAAGUCAAUGGAGUUUUCAAAAUACUACGUUAAGAGCUCCUGCUUUGGAACAGCAGACCGUGCAGCCAGUCGGAUAUCAACUAGUCCAAGACCAAUCUGGCCAAUAUUUUCUUUUGCCUCAAAACUCUAUUGCCGGUUUAAUGACUAUGCCGUAUGAUUAUUGUAAAUCUGAAACACAGAAUCACCAUCAACCCAAUCAAGGUUAUACUCUGAUCCAACAACCACAGCAACAGAUGACUACUAUAUCACCUAUCAUGAACCACCAUCCACAGUAUACGUCUAUUGCAAGUUCGGGUUCAUACCUGAUACAACAAGUCAGCUCUUCCACCCCACCGGCCCUCAUAAACACUCACCAUCAACUAACCGACAACAAUACGCAUCAACAACCGUUAAUACAGUUGACGUCACCGGAAAAUCAGAUGAUUAUUUUCAACCAACAACAGUCUGCUAUUGUGGCUCAACCACUAAUAAGUCAUCUUCAACCACCACACUCAGGACUGACUAUUGCAACUCAAAUGCAAUCUGGAUGUCAAAACCAAAUUAACGACAUACAAACUGUAUCUGAGUCUGUAACUGUCCAAACCAAAUUAGUGCAGCAGUCUAUUACUGAGAAGAGUACAAUUUCAAGACACACGGAAGAAAAUGUGUCAAUUUCAUUGGACUAUUGUAACACUACCAUUAGUGAACCUGAAAAAGACUUAAAACUAGAUUUUUCAGCACCAGAACAACUUUUGGAAUCUGAAGCAAUCGUAUCACAUGAUGCUAGCAAUCAAACAGAUCUUCAAACUGAAGAUGAAACUUAUCAUCCAUUAACUGAAGAAAGUAAAGAAACAAAUUUCACUGAGAGCGCACAAGACUGCACGGAUAAUGACCAGCCUUUGACUGAUGGUGCUACUCAGACUUCUGUAUUAUCUAUAGCCGAAAAUUCUAAUACACCGGAUAUUACUGGAUUGGAACUAUUGCUGAAUAGUAUUGAACAGUUUGAAAAACGUAACUCUAGUGAACCAUCGGAUAGUUAUCAUAAUCAAGAAGUUGUAAUUAAUACUUUAGAGAAGGAAAAUGUACAAACAAUAGAUUCCAAUGUAAAUACUGUAGAGGAAACAGAAGAAAAAGGUGUGAACAAGAUUGAUUUGCUUUUGUUGGCUGAACAGUUUUUAGAAACUGAAAAAUCCAGUGAGACUUCUGAACAAGACACUGUCAAUAGGAGUUACUCAAACAAUAAUAAUUUAACUGAGGAAAAUGAAUGCAGUUAUGAGUUUGAAGAAAAUACUACUAAACCACUUGAGGUGACAAUGAAUAAAAAUGGCACAAAAAAAGUAUACACCAAAAAAUCAUUUUCUCAGACUAGUGAUAUUUUCCACUCUGUUGACAAAUUAAAAGUUAAUUCAAAAUUAGAUACAAUAAAAAAGUCACCUAAUUACUCUAAAGACAAAGUUCUGAAUCGAAAGGUAUCUGAAUCAAGUUUGUCAUCAUCUGGACAAGUAAAACGUGGACCAGGUCGUCCGAAAAAGGUAUUGAAAUGUGAUGAAGGAAAUAAUAACAAUUGUAAAAAUGAAGAUAUUAAAGAAAAACUGUUGAAGUUGGAUUGUAGUGCAAAAACCAAACACAAGACUUCUAGUUCCUCAUCUUCAGAUCUCUCUCCUCCUGUGUUGGAAGCAUGUAGUCUUUAUUCACCUAGAAAAGAUUCUACACAUACCCCACCUACAUUAUUGCCAAACUCAUCAAUGGCUAAACUGUCUGAUGUUCAAAAAUUAUCGGAUGAUGCUAAGGUCUAUCAGAAAAAAAUUGUCAAAAAACGCUGUACAUCAUCAAUUAUUAGUGAAAAUGAAAUUAUGCCACCCUUGAAGAAACGAAAAGUCGGACGACCAAGAAAAAUCCAAAAUCCUUUUGAUGAAGUCAUUAAAAAACAUCUGUCUCUAACUCCAAAGAAAGAAAAACCAGUUUCUAUAUCAUCAGGCUUGUUAAGCAGGGUUUCAACAAUAAAAAUUAACAAUAUAGAGACACCAUCUCCUGGCCAAUACAAAAUAAAACCAAAGUUAAAAGCUGAAGUUAAAAUUAAACAUUGGGAUGUGGAAGAUGAAGAUGAUGAGAUCCAAGACCAAGACGACAUAUUAGCAAUGCCAGAAUAUGUAUGUAAAAAACGCCGAAUAGCUGAUGCAUUGCACAGAAUGUCUCCAUGUACUGUCAAUAAGCCAGCAGUGAUUCCUAAGAAAAGAAAGUUUUCAAAUGUAUCGUUAGACAGUGUAGAAAGUUUAGACGAUGCUGUUUCACUUCCACAAAGAGACACAUCACAUAGUUCUGUUCCCGUGAGAAGCCAGACUUCAGAGUCGUCUGACAUUUCUCUUGAACAAACUAAUGAAGAACGGGAUAGUUCUACUACGGUCGAACUCGCUGAACGACAAUGCAUACCCGUCAGUCCGAGUCGACCGGAUGUAGAAAUAACUACCGUCGAUGAUGAUCAUGAAAGAAGAAGACUGAAAAAGAAACGCAAACAUAGAAAACACAAGCACAGUCACGAUGAAUCAAGAACCAAACAUAAACACAAACACCACAAAAAACAUCAUAAAAAGCAUAAGCGACAUCGAGAUGCUGAGCUAGAGCUUUCUGUAUCUGAACCACCCACUCUGUCACCUCAAGGACUUAUUGAAGACACCAUUGAAGAGGAUGAUGACGAUGAUGACAAAUCCAAAGAAAAUGACUCCAGUGAAGUGGAAAGCAGUGACGUACCAACAUUUUUGUCUGACCAGCAAAUAUGGAAAUGGUCAGGUGACAGUUAUAAGCGUCCAGGUCGUGGUGGAAAUAAAAAGACCUUUUAUAGGUCCAUCAGUAGAGGAGACGAAACCAUAAGUAUUGGUGAUUGUGCUGUGUUUCUAUCUUCUGGUCAACUGGAUCGACCUUUUAUCGGUAAAGUUAACUGUAUGUGGGAGACGAACCAGGAAAAAAUGCAAGUAAAAGUAUUUUGGUUCUAUCACCCCGAAGAGACGGCUAGUAACUUUAAUGGAAACCUACCAUACCCGGGAGCAUUGUUCAAAUCACCUCAUAAUGACAUUAAUGAUGUACAAAGCAUUAUGAAUGGGUGUCAAGUGGUAUCAAUAGAAGAGUUCAGUUCAAUCAUUGAAAAGGAUGCUCAACGACUAAAGAAUAUUUAUGUUAAUAAUGAUCUGUUCUAUUUAGCCGGGGACUAUGAGCCAGUCAUGAAAAUGAUUAACUUCAGUGAUGGUGUAGUGUUGAAACCGAGUGCUACUUGAUUGACUCGCUAAUAACCAUUUAAAAAACUAUUAUUUAUUAUUUAUACUAAUUAAUAUUGUUUGUUUAUCGUGUCACUAUGUAUACCCAUAUUUAUAUAUAUAUUUUUAUUAUUAAUUUUAUAUGUAACUAUUUAUUAUUUUGGUUUUUUUUUUAAUCUUAUUAGUUAUUUGUUACCUGUUAAAACUGCAUUUAAAGGACUAAUAUUUGGUUCCAAAAUAUGAAAGUUAAAUGUUUUUAUUAGUUUUUCAUCCCAAUUUAUAAAACAAGUUGUACAUAUUUUAUUAUUGGACUUUAUUAAUGUGGUGUUAUAUGCAUGUACAAAGUACAUUAUAAUUGUAUAUUUUGUGUAGAUCUCCCUUUUAUUCAAGUUAGCCAUUGUGAAAUCAUAAUAUAUCCGGUUCCUAAUAAAUUAUAAUUGUAGAAUCAAAAACUAUUUUUCAUUACACGACAAAGAAUAUUUAAAUUCUUGGAUUUUCGUUUCUUAUUCAUUUCUGGCUACAUUUUAAUUUCUUGUAAUUAUUAUUUAUCAUUAUACACAUACUAAAAACGAUUAAGUACAUCUAAAAUGGUAUCAUUGUUUGGUAAAAAAUCCACUAAACUAAUUUUACAAUUGAAACAUUAUCCUGUUUGCUUACACAAUUCCCUCAAAUUUUAGUUAAUGUCUUAUAUAUGUCAUAUGAAUUGCUAUAACUUUUCUUACGCAUUUGAAAUGUGUUUGUCAACAGCAUUUAGUCGUUUAUUUUUUUUAUUUAGUUUUAUUUCUUAUAUCAUAUAAUUUAUAUGUAUUAACUAAUAACACAUAAUGUUGUAGGUAUUAUAAAACCAUUUUGUAUUAAUUUUGUUUGUAAUUAUUAUUUAUUGAAAAGUAACUAGUGUGUUGCAUUUCCUCUGUUUUACUGAAUAACAACCAUAAAAUGAAGGUUCAUAUUUUAAGUUUAUAUUUACAAAUCUUUGUAGUAGAUACUCAUAAUAUAUUCUUAUUAUAUUUUAUUCUAUGUGUGUUAUACAAUAUACAAUAUAUACAAUGUACUUCAUUAUCAUUUAUCCUAUAUAAUAAUAAUAUGUAUGUUUUGGAAUACAUAAAUUGUCGACUUUAAUAUAAUAUGUAAUACAAAUUGACGCUAUUUGUAUUUUAUUAACUAUCAUAUUAUGCCAUACUACCUAAUGAUACCUAUAUAUUGUUAUUGUAAUGAGUUGCUGUUACUUGUAACUAAUAAUAAAACAGAAUUAGCAUA